AUGCGCGCACAAUUGCUCGACAAUACACUUUCCCAACACUUCACUUUACCCACCGGCCUAAACAUGUCCCCUCCUCGAUCCUUCGAAUCUACCGUGACCACCUUUCCCCCUUUGUCUUCCCAAACCUUUUGUGGAUCCAUUAGCUCGAGACUAUCAGCAAUGCUGCACUUACACAUCAUCAAUUACAAGGUUAUACGGGUGGUUACUAGGUCUAGUAUUGACAUCAAGCCGUUUUACUUCUCAUAG